AUGUCUGAGCAAACUUACAAGUUCAACGUCGUCAUGACCUGCGGCGGAUGCUCUGGCGCAAUCGAACGCGUACUCAAGAAGGCCAAGGAGAGCAACGGAGGUGUAUCAUCAUAUGAAGUGAGCCUCGAUAAACAAGAGGUGCUCGUCACCGGAACGUUGCCAUACGAUGAUGUCCUAUCCAAGAUCAAGAAGACGGGCAAGGAGGUCAAGUCGGGCGAGACUGUUACUCCUGUUAAUUGA